AUGACCACUCUUGUCCCCCGUGCGCCUUACUCCAAGGAAGAGCUCGAGAAGCUCUAUCCCGAAGACCUGAAGCUUCAAUUGGUGCAGGUGUUCCUGCGUCACGGUUCCCCGCAUACAGAUUGGCCGUAUUGCAACGUUGCGCGUCGGAUGAUUCAGAUGGCGGCCAGCGAAAAAGAUCUCUCCUCGUGGAAUGGAUUCCAAUGGCGCAGGAAAAUGGAGGCCUUUGGCGACAAAGACGAGGCAGUCGUGGCUGUGGGUGCGACGGGGGAGAUCGAGGGCAUCUGGCAAGUUUCCUUUUUCCACAGAGUUUUGCGCAGAGAUAUUGUCGGGAACCAGCAUGGUGAAUUGACAGACCGAGGGCGGGAGACCACGUUUGCGCUGGGUCAGCGCAUGAGACAUCUGUAUGUCGAUCAGCUCGGCUUCAUGCCCAAGAUCAAAUCGGACACGGAGGACAUGUAUCUUCGCGCGACGCCUAUCCCUCGAGCCCUUGAGUCCCUCCAACAGGCGUUCUGGGGCAUGUAUCCUGCCAGCGCGCGCACGCAAGACUUCCCCCCUCCGGUGAUUGUCGGGCGCUCCGUGUCUGACGAGACACUCUUCCCCAACGAGGGCAAUUGUCGACGAUUCAGGCAACUGGCCAGACUAUUUGCCGACCGCGCAGCGAAGCGAUGGAACGAGACUGAACAGAUGGACUACCUCAACAGCCUCUGGUCCAAAUGGAUGCCCGAGGCCUCUCCCCGCGUCGGCGUCGAUUCCCACCCCCGGCUGUCCGGCAUCAACGACACGAUCAAUGCGACAGACGCCCACGGCCCGGCCACCAAGCUCCCCGCCGAAUUCUACGACAAGAAAGCCCGCGAGUACACCAACGACAUCGCAGUGGACGAGUGGUUCGCCGGCUACGCGGAGAGCAGGGAAUACCGCAAACUCGGCGUUGGCGCCCUGAUGGGCGACGUCGUCGACCGCAUGGUCAACGCCGCCGUCAACGGCGGCUGGCGCAGCGAGCGCUCCGCCUCCGCCUCCGGCACACACCCCGGCCAGGCCAUCAAGUUCGCCAUGAGCGGCUGCCACGACACCACCCUCGCCGCCAUCCUGGGCAGCGUGGGCGCCUUCGACGACCGCUGGCCGCCCUUCACGUCCUCCAUCGCCGUCGAGCUCUUCUCGCGCGCCGCCGACUCCACCGCUGAAUCUACCCCCUCCACCCAAUCAGGCCUCCUCUCCUCCCUCCUCAGCUCAACCACAACCACGCCCACAACCACAGACCGCACCCCUCUCGCCGACCUCCCCGCCUCCUCCCGCCAAACCCUGCAGAAGCACUACGUGCGCAUCCGCUACAACGACCGCCCGGUCCGCGUGCCCGGCUGCGCCGCCAAGCCCGAGAACCACCUCCCCGGCGACGAGACGUUCUGCACCCUGGCCGCCUUCAAGGAGAUCGUGGACAAGUACACGCCGCGCAGCUGGGCGAGCGAGUGCGUGCAGAAUCUGGGCGAGGGGUUGUAUGGGAAGGGGGAUAUGGAGAAGAGUGUCGCGGGGUUCUAG